AUGAGGGUGCUGGCAGCGCUAUUGACAGUAUGUCUGGUAAGGUUAUGCCAUUCUGUAGGUUAUCUCACAACUUGUUGUGGAGGGAGUCCUACUAAUCCCAUUACUCUAGAUCUUUCUGAUCCUGAUGAAUCACUAUGCAGAGCUCUCAAGACAAAUGUUGAUGGACUUCCUGCAAAGAUUUACCUCCUAAAGUCUAAAAAAGUUAAUAAAAUUGUGAAUCGAAACAAGAAGGUCUGGAUAGGUAAAUUUGGAGAUAAAUGUUUCUACUGCAUGGCAUUCCUUAAGGACAAUGAACCACGUAUAGUAGUUAUUGGUGCGGAAUCAUCUGCACGGAAAAGCUUGAAAUACUACAAGUACAAGGACAAAACCGGAUGCCGUGGUAAACCGGGUUGGAAAAAGUCGAGAAGCAGUUAUAAAAAGAAAAUUUCUGCCCUUAAACUAGGCUCCAAUGCACCUACUAAGUUUACCCUUGACAUCUCUUUUCUCGAGGAAGAUGAUGAAAGGUUCAAGCUCACAAAGUCCGUUACCGAUGGCAUAACCAUCCUCUAUUACUCUUUACAGCCUGGGCAUCUUAUAGAAAAGAUUGUGGAUGGAGAGAAGGAAGUAUGGACUGCUGGUAACAAUCAAGUUUGCUAUCUCUGUGAAUACUACCCAAAGAGCGCUUCCGGAAAGGUCAAGCUGCAUAUUAUGAAGAACAAAGACUCAUUUUCGUUUACUCUCUUUGAUAAAGUCGAUGGCAGCUGGAAGAAAAAGUAG